UAAAACCAACAGCACCGGCGAGCUUUUAAAGCUCCGGGGCUCCGCGAGAAAAAUCCGCCCUUUUCUCCGGUGUUAUCGCGAGUCGCGGACUUUUUUAUACAAGCGUCGACCUUCCCGCGAUAUUUCGGAGGGAAAAAAGCUCGCCGAAAGCUCGGGGAAAUUAUUUUCGGAGGCGCGCAUUUUCCGAGAACUGACACACGCGUGGGCUGUGGCUUCAGAGAGGGAGGGAAUUUUUUUUGCCAUUCGCAAGCUCAAAAUUUAAGCUCGAGGAGUCGAAAUGAUAAGUCCAUACGUGUGCUUGUGUGAAAAACGAAAAAAGGGUCUAUCGGAAAAUUCCGGAGAUUUAUCAGUGCUUGAAAGCUCGGAAGCUUUGAUUGACCUUCAAGAGUGAAUCCAGACUUUUUAAUCGGCGUGGAAAAGCCAUUCGUCGCAAAAUACCUCGUUUCGGAAAACUCGUGGAAAAUCGUCGACGCAGAAAAGCUCGAAGGAAAAAGCGGAAGAAUGCUUGAUUCCGGAAAUGGGCACGAUGCACAGAAGGGAGAGGGACAGGACGAGGAAGAAGGGCAAGGAAAGCCAGAACGACAUCAAGAAGCUGCGCAGGGAGAACGAGCAGCUAAGACGCGAGAUAUGGAGCCUGAGAGACGAGUACGACAAGCUGGAGGAGAUCCUGAAGAGUCAGAAGAGCCAUGAGGGCAGCGACGACUACGAGGGCCGCUACGACGACGACGACGACGACGAGGAAGAGGAGGACGGAGAAGAAGAGGACCUCUCAGAGGACGAGGAUGACCAAGAGGACGAAGAAGUGGCGGAAGAGAACCGCGACGAACGAUUAGAAAACGCGGAGAACCUGAAGAUCUCGACGGAGAAGAUGAGUGGAGGUGUUCACCGGUUGCACGUCGAGUUCGACGACCUCUCGGUGGUGGACGAAGAGGAGGAGCUGAAGAAGGAGAAGGACAGGAAGGAAUCAUGUACUCGAGAGAACGAAGCCAAACCUGGGGGCCCUAAGACAGACGUAAAGAGUGGGUAUCGAUAUUUUGGUUUCGAGACUCUUCAGGGUCCUCUUCAAAGUCCUCUCCAGGGCGCUCUUCAAGGGUCCAGCAGAUACCAAGAGUGCCCCUUCGUCUUCCCAAGCCCAGGAGACCCGAAUUACCCGAAGGUCCACCCCGAUACCGCCACAUUGCUGAUGACCCCCUGUUCGACACUCGCCGGAAGUCAACUAACCCCAAUUCCGAGUGUGGACUCUUCAGGGUUGGGAUCACUGAGUCCGAUCUUCGGGUCCAACGAGCCCAUCCUAGGGUACUCCCAAAUUCCGAUCUGCACACCUCCCGUGGGGUGGCAGAGUGCACUGACCUCGGAUAUUCCAGGGUCUGGUGUCGACCUUGAAGUUGGUACCAGAGUCCCAGUGACUGGUACCAAUGGUUCCAGUUUUACAAACGGUUCCAAUUGUACCAGUGGUUCGAUUCCAGGACGACCAAAGCGUUCUCCAGCCGGAAGUGGAGGUUCCCCUUGCUUCUGGCAAGCCAGGACCUUGAGUGGAAGCGACGAGACACCCAUCAGCUGGACGAAUGGAACCACUGGUACCAACGUCAUAAAGUCUGGAUCCCCGAAAACACAGACCCAGGAAUCAGGAUCAAAUCCCUUCUUCGGGAACGACUCCACCCAGGACAUUACAGGGUCCUUAUCGAGGUCCUGUUGCCACGGGACUCUUCAGCAAAGGAGGAAUCUUUCGCUUCGAUGCCUUGGGAAUGGGCACUAUUCAACUCCCAGGGAUAAAGGGGAAGUCCUCAGCAAGGACUUCUGGGACCUUGACGGAGCAAGUGGACUGGAGAACGGAGGAGCCAGGAACGGGAUGACGGAGAAGGACCCAGAAGAGGUGGGCAGGGAUUCGAGGGACAGGCCUAGGCAUUUCUUCGCACCCCUGCCCUCGAAGACUAAGAGGCACUCCCAGGACGACAGGAGCCCGGAGGAUCUUCAGGGUACGGCCUUCAACACGGGAACGAGUUCCAGCAGCGACAGGACGACGUCUACCGUGGUGUCCAGGACGCACCACCAGGAGGAGAAGGGACCAGCGGACGUCUUCGUGGACGGCGGGGUCUCCGCCGAGGAGGACCCGUUCAGGGUGGACCAGAAGACCUUCCUCAGCACCGAGAACCUCCGAGUGGACGACGUGAGGGACAUCUCCAGGCAGGGCUCCAACAACACCCUGGUCAAGUCCCUGUCCUGCCAGGACCUGGUCUCGGAGCAGCAGAUGCUGAAGACCAUCAACGGGGAGUCGCAGAUGAUGACGAAGAGCGACAACACCCUCGACAGCCUCUCCAUCCUGGCUAAGCCAUUUCGGAGCCAGCUCCACGUCACCCUGAAGAGGCCAAAUCGGAGUCCCCCGAGCCCGGAAACGCCGGAGAUCCCGAGUUUGCCCAGGAUCGACUACAGGCUCUUCAGCAACCCUUUUUUGCGGAGCUUCGACAAGAGCUGCGAGAAGUGCUUGGCCUUUGGAUGUCCCGUGACCAGGCCUUUGACUGUCCAGGUCAAUGGAUCUUUCGAUAGGAGUGCCGAUAGAGGUUAUCCCAGUCCUCUGAGGAACUCUUCGGGUACUCCUGGAAGCGACUUCUGUCCAGGUCGCUUCGAUGCUUCCGAUCCUGGAUCGUUGGCCGCCAGGGACCAAGGGGACCAGAGGACCCUGGUCCAGAAAAAUCCACCUGCCUUCCAGGUAACCUCCUUCGAAGGACCCUGUCCCCAGAACCUGGUCUCUCCCUGCGACCAGGACACUCUUCGGGGUCUUUCCGCCAGCAGUCUCUUCGCACAAAACCGCAGGCUCUAUCAGAACCUGCCUUUUGUUCCUCGCGCUGCGGGAUUCGCACCUAUCGCUUCUCCUCAAGGAUUGCCGACGACGGUGACGAACAGGAUCUACUUCGAGGGUCCUGGGACAAAAGUGCCAGCCCAGACGCAGACCUCCCUAGAAGUGGACCCCCAGGUCGAGAAAGAGUCCUCGAAACCCGGAGAAGCCGAGACACCAAGUGUCCCGAGUUCCCCGGUGACCCUGAGGAGAAGGAAGACCUCGAGAAAGGAUAGGUCAGGGUCGGCAAAGGACAAGCGACCUCUCUCUCCUGCUGCCCAAAGGAGAAGAGAGAGAUUGAGGAAGCAGAGCAGCGUGAAUUCCACGGACGCGACCGACGAGCAGACGCCGAAGCCGUCCCUGAGGACGACCCUGAGACCGAGGAAGAUGAGCGCCACGACCACGACGACCACCUCCGAGGUGCAGGAGAAAAACGAGAGCAGGUCCUCCUCCUCGGGGCAGGACUCCCCCAGGAAGGAGCAGAACAGAAGGGUGUCCUUGUACUUCGGCUCCAAGAAGAGGCCUUCCCUCACCUCCACCAGGACCCUGAGGAGCGCCAGUUUGGACUCCCCGAAGACGAAGUACCUCCUAAGAGGUGACACCCAGGAGGUCACCUCGACCAACUCCGAGGAGAGGACCAACUCCAUCAGCAGCAGGGAAGUCUCCAAGGAGAGGAAGAUGAGCACCGGGAGUGGAAAAGUGCCCUGGUGCGCCUGCUGGGGAAAUGGGUGCAUCUGACCCUGGAGAUGAUCUUCAUGACAAAAAUGAUUUUUUCUUCCCAAUGAAAAAAAUCCCCGAUUUAAAAGGGGAAAAAAAAAACAAAAUCACGGUUUACGUAGGAAUUUAUUUAAUUAAAUGAACAAUCGCUGAUUGAUGAAACGAAAAAUCUUAAUUAUUAAUGAUGAUCGAUGGAUCGAAGUGCUCGAUAAGUGAACAAAUGGACGAAUAAUUAUAUUAAGACGUUGAUGAAGUCGCCAAUGUGUGCGAAUCGAUGUCGAACUAUUAACGAAAUUAUUUAAUAACUCCGACCAAGGUGUUGAGGAAAUCGCAGCUGUUAGUUGAUACCCUAAAGUUCCUUAAAUAUAUUUAUAUGUAUGUUGUA